AUGAAGUUUAUAAUUCUAGCCAGUUUUGCAUGCCUAAUAUGGUUCACCAGAGGCAUUAAAAUUGACUGUGAAAAUCCGGAGGCCAUUAAUGAGGAGCAUAUCCAUUACUGCUGCAAGCAUCCCGAAGGCCACAAUGACAUUAUCGAGAGCUGUGCCAAGGAAACGGAUUUUAUGCUGCCCAAUCAUAACGAGGAGGCACUGGUGGACAUCACCGCAGAUCGAGCCAUUCGUGGCACCUGCUUUGGCAAGUGUGUCUUUGGAAAACUAAACCUGAUGAAGGAUAACAACCUGGAUAUGGUGGCUGUUAAGAAAUAUUUCAAUGACAAGUUUGUCGACGAUCCGGAAUAUGCCAAGGAAAUGAUUAAUGGCUUUGAUCACUGCCAUGGCAAAAGUGAGGAGAACACCUCCAAGUUCCUGUCGAAGCCCCUGUUUAAGCAGAUGUCCAAGCACUUCUGUGAACCCAAGUCCAGUGUGGUUCUGGCCUGUGUGAUUCGUCAGUUUUUCCACAACUGUCCAGCAGACCGUUGGUCCAAGACCAAGGAGUGCGAGGACACUUUGGCCUUUAGCAAGAAGUGUCAGGACUCGCUGGCCACACUUUAGAUUUCAAUUUAAAAGGAUA